UAACUGCGAGGUAGAGAGAGAGAGAGAGAGGGAGGUAGCAGAUAGUGUUGAGUUGUAAGAGAGGGAAAGAACGAGAGUGAGUGAGAAUCACAUUCUGUCUACAUUGUUGUUGUAACAUAGCUGUCAAUUCAUUCCACAAUUUUUAUCAUGUCAGAGGAAUUCACAAAAGCUGCUGAAGAGGUGAAGGGGCUGAGUAUAACUCCAUCAAAUGAUGAGUUGUUGGAAUUAUAUUCUCUCUACAAACAAGCUACAGUUGGUGAUAUUAACACAGAAAAACCUGGCAUUUUGGACAUGAAAGCUAAGGCUAAAUGGAAUGCUUGGAAUGAUAGAAAAGGAACAUCAAAAGAAGAAGCAGAGACCUUGUACAUUAAAAAAGUUAAAGAGUUGAAAUCCAAACAAGGAUAAAGUUAAACAAGCUCUUGACCUGAUAGAGCCAGGAUUUGAUUCCUUUCACAUCUGCAGCCAUUAUGAACAUCUGUUGCUAAAUUAAUUUUUUUCUUAAAAUUAAAAUAAUUUCUAUAAUUUUC